AUGGAAUACACCUGGGAAGGUUGUAAUGUUUGUGGUGAGAACCACACCACAGAAUGCUGUCCAGAGCUCGGACUUCUGCCAUCGGAAAUUCAAAAUCCAGCCACCACUAAAGCCAGAUUAACUCUGCCCCACUCCAUGUGUGUGGUAGAUUUAGGGGGACAGGAAGUGGCAGUGGUUGCUCAGAGUCCAAUAAACAGGAAGACCCAGUAUGGCCCGUUUGAAGCCAAAAAGACAACACAUGAAUUCAAUGAUGAUUCCUUAUUUCUUCUGAAGGUGAUAUUUAGAGAUUCCAUUGUUAGUCUGGAUACAACAAGUGAAAAUGAAUGUAAUUGGUUGUGUCUGGUGCGAGCUGCAACUGAUUCCAAUGAGCAGAACAUGAUAGCUUACCAGAUGGGAACCAGCAUAUACUACAGCACAAUCAGAGACAUAGUCGUGGGGGAGGAACUCAAGGUCUGGUAUGCUCCUCCAUAUGCCAAGAAAAUCGGCAAAAGCGUCGUACCUGAUGGAGUUAGCAGAGUAAUGCUAAAUAUGGAGGUGAUAUACCCCUCCAUUGAUGAGGUUCAGGAGAGUCUACCCCUCGAGGUCCCACAGGAACGUCCAACUCAGGGAGAGACAACUCUGCAGGGUAACACUCUAGCUAAUGAGAGCAACUUGAUUCAAUCAGAAGGCGGGGAGCAGGAGUUGUUACAGAUGACAAAUAAUACAGAAAAGACAGAUAGAGAGCAGCAGACCAUGUCUGUAUUAGAGCAGGCAGCCUCAGCUAGCACCACAGAGACUAAGGAGCCUGAGACUGAUGUUGUCACAGAGCGCACUGACCUACCCAAACAUCCCUGUCAGCGCUGUGAACAAAUUUUCACCUCGGAGAAUGAUCUGGCUCAUCAUCUAAUUCUUCACAUCACUCAGACUGAGGAAAAGCGUAAAAGAGGAAGACAUCCGAAAAAUCAUAAUGCCGUAAAUGCAGAUGGGGAAUUGCAAGAAAAUCAAGAAGAUGGCAAAGAGCAGCCGGCUGAGGAGGACUGGGAGGAACUGGAAAAUGAUGACCCCAGUGACCCAGACUUCACCGAUGCCAGUAAGGUGGCCUUCACUGUGUAUGAAUUGUCAUAUACAGACCGACCAAGGAGGAGCAUGAGGAGCAGACGGAAGAUAGACAAAGACUUCCUGUAUCUCUCAAAUGCUAAAAAGUCAAGAAAAACCAUUGAGAGAAAGGAAUUGUCUAGUGAGAAUUCUUCAGAAGAGACUCAGGGUUCAGAAUCUGAGGAUGUGAGAAAAACUAAUGAGAAAAGUCAGAGAGAAAGAGGAAGUGAUAAUCAUCAGGGCAAAGCAAAGAGGGGGAGGGGCCGACCAAGAAAGUAUCCAAUCAAAAAUCAAGAGAAUGUUGAGAAAGCUCCAUAUGCUGAUAUCCAUGUACAACCUACUCUAAUGGAAGGUGAAAAAACCAAAGGAGAUGCUGAAGAUGAGGUUUGUGAUGUUGAAUCUAGUAAUUUUAAAAAUCUAUCAGAUCCAAAAGACAAAGCUGAAACUGAUGUAGCCCUAGAGCAGGGAAAUGAGAAUUAUUCAGCAGUAGAUCAUUUUGAUUCUGGAGAAACAAAAGAACAGCCUAACCACGUUGUGCCCUCAGUUGCACUACUGGAAACAGAAAAUGUGAUGAAUUCAGAUUGUACAACAGAAGAAAUCAGAGAAAUGAAAAAAGUUGCUGUCUCAGAGGAAAUAAUUUCUGAAGGAGAAGCAGACAAUGAAAAAACUGCAUCAAACUGCUCCACAUCAGUGACUAAAAUUGGUGACGAUGCCAAUGAAUCAGAAGGGAAUGACACACAGCUGCCCGGCGACCAGCAGUGUGAGCCAGAAGAAAACAUGAAUACAACAAAACAGAAAAUAGAGUUAGAAAUGGAUGUUGAUGAGAUCAUGGAACCUCUUACCAACAUUGAUGAUAAAGCAGUUAUGAGUGAAAUGAAAAGAAUCAAAGCUCUUCAGAAACUAAGUUCCAAAUACAAGCAUGUGUGUAAACACUGUGGGAAACAUUUUAAAAGCAUACAUUAUCUCAAGUUACACAUACCAAUGCACACUGGGAAGUUUUCUUGCAAGUUCUGUGGAUUUAACUUUGCCAGAAAGGAUAGUAUGCUUAAACAUGACUGUAAAAUGAAGAAAGUUAUUAAACUACUGGAAAAAGACGGGAAAGACAUUUUUCAGUGUUUGCUGUGUUUGAUAGAAAUGGAGGACAUAAAGGAGGCAAGGGAACAUUAUUUAUCCCAUAAAAAGGACUUGAGAUGUAUUAACUGUAAUGAGGUAUUUGGUAAACAGCAGUUGCUUAGGGACCACAUCUGUCCUAAUGCAUCAGAGAAACCCAUCAAAUGUGACAUCUGUAAACACCCAUUUCCUUCACAGAAAUCACUGAUGCGACAUCUGGCCAUACACACAAACAUUUUUCAAUGCCCAAAUUGCCUUAAGACAUUUGCCAGAAAAGAUUCUCAGUUGAAACACAUUUUGGUGUGUUGUCCUGAAAGAGCUGAAGAAUACAAGGUUUAUGCUUGUAGCAAAUGUCGGAAAGGGUUCGCCACUAAGCUUGGCCUUGAUAAUCACGAGGCCCAGUGUCAACAGGAGUUCUGUGAUAACUGUAACAAAGUGUUUGAUUCUGUAGAUAUGCUAAGGAUACACCAAGAGACAUGUAAGCAAGUUAUUAACUAUGUCAAGAAAGAUAAAGUCCUUUUUUCCUGUGGUCUCUGCAAGAAGUCAUUCAGAAAUCUGAACUACUUAAAUCGGCAUAAGGAAAUGCAUAGAGAUCAGCUGGAGUGUAACAUUUGUAAAAAGAUAUUUAAAGCACCUAGUGAUCUAGAUGACCAUGUGCGCUUUUGUGUGGCUAACAGUAUUAUUAGUGAAAAAGGAAGUGCAGCAUGUGAAAUCUGUGGUACCUUCUUUUAUUCAACCAAGGCCUUUAGAGAACACUAUCAAACCCACACCCAUCCCUAUAGCUGUGACAGGUGUAAGAAACGAUUUAUCAAGAUUGGAACUCUUCACACUCAUCAGUGCCUACAGGAUACCUCUCUCAUGGAAUGUCACCAUUGUCAACAAAAGUUUCCUGGCCAGACGGCACUGAAAGCUCACAUCAAAAAGGAGCAUAGGAGGACAAUACAAUGUAAGGUCUGUCUGAAGAACUUCCUGGCUUAUAAAGAAUAUGAGACACAUACGUGUGUUGAUGAAUUUGGCAACCCUGCAGAAUUUGUUGCAGAGAGAGACAUGAAUUUGCUGGGAGAUAAACCCAUCUGUCAUGUGUGCGGGAAAGAAUUUACAACCACAAGCAAUCUUAAUAAACAUGUUAAAAUACAUGGUGAGAAAAAAGUAGAGUGUGAACACUGUGGGAAGAAAUUUCAUCAUGAGGAAUAUCUGAAGGUGCAUGUUGAAGGAGUUCAUGAGAAAAAGCACAAAUUCCAGUGUGAAGAAUGUGGAAAAUUUCUGACAUCCAAACCAGGUCUUGUCUCUCAUAUGAAACAGUUUCACUCAGAUGAGAAGGUGGUGUAUCCUUGCUCAGAGUGUGGAAAAGUCUUCAAUCAGAAGGGAAACCGCAAGAUUCACAUGUUUUCUCAUAUGAAAGAGAAACUUUUUAAAUGUGAUGAAUGUGAUAAAAUGUUUAAGUAUCCUGAACAGCUAAAGAAACACAGAUUUAUACACUCAGCUGGGGAGAAAUUGAAAUGCGAAUCUUGUGACAAAUUGUUUCCAAAGCAAGCUGAUUUAGAGAAGCACAUGCAAACAGCACAUAGUGGACUUAUGUAUGUGUGCAACAUUUGUAAUUCCCGCUGUGCACACAAACAUACAUUGCUCAGACAUUACAAAAGGAAGCAUCCCGAGUACAUAAUAUCCAGGGAAGAUGGUUUUGUGAAUUCAUUGGUCCAGAGAGUCGAUAUUGGAGAGGAAGCCCCAGUGGUAGCUUACAGUUACGUAAAUGACGCCAUUAGUGUUCCCAUGGAAACCGUCACCAUAGAAGAAAACACCUUACCUCAAGUAGCUGCUGAAGCCCUGAAGAGUUUAUCUAGUACCAUGGUAACCGGUGAUCAACAAAUCCUAUCAGCCAAUGGUAUACAGACUUUGACAUCAGCAGAUAUCAUAAAUGUGCCCAGUAUUGAUGGGAGUUUCCAAAUUCAGAAUCUGGUCCAUGACCCCAAUAAUCCAGAUGAUCAGCAAACUGUAGUUAUCCUCCAAAUUGUGAACCCAGAGAAUGAGCAGGGAGUGGUCACAGAGGAGGUCGAGGUCAUUGGAAAUGUAGUUGAUCUUCCAGAGGUCAAGGACACAGAUCAAGGACAAUUUGUUGCUUUGACAUAAUUUUUUUGUGUUGAAAGACUAAAUUUUAGUAUGCAUAAAAAAUUAUCAUAUUCUUUUGUAAAUCACUUAUAUUUCAUGAAACUUUAUUUGUGCAAGAAAGUAGCAUUUUAUCAUUUGCAAGUUUUCCUUAUCCCAAUGACAUCAGUAAUGAGAUACUUCCACAAGAUCUUUUUAUUUUCUUGUUGAGACAAACUCACAUAAUUACACAAAAAUUCAGUCUUCAUGAAUAAAACCUGAUUUAUGGUUACUCUGGAAUAGAAAAUAGUACAUUCCAGACAAGCUGUUUUACACUAUCUAAUAUUUUGAAUUUUGUAAGUUUUUUCAUGUUAACAAAUUUAAUGUGUAUUGUUAAAAUGAUAUAUUUACAUAAGUUGAUUUGGUGUUCAAUUUGUUAAU